AUGUCAUUGGAAAAAUGCUUAAGGGAGUACUUUAAGAUCUACUACAGACAACAGGACGCUUUCGAUCGCCAAAAGAAGAAACCUUCGGCCAGGGUUUUCACUUAUGAAACUCCACAACUCACUGAAGGUAGGUUGCUUACAAUACUUUUAUUUACCCUUAGGUCGUCGGCGUUUUCUUGCAACGGACCUGGAGAAGUUUGUCGCUUGUUACAAGUCAAUCAGAUGUGGCAGACACUUCUAUGAGCUUAUUCAGGAGAACCGUCCUUGUCGUCCUUAUUUUGAUCUUGAAUAUUACAAACGGUUCAACGUUUAUGAAGACCCCAAACAGCUUGUAACGGAUUUCAUUGAGGUCGUUUGCCGUCUAUUUAAGAGCAGACUUAAUGUCGUGGUGGACCCCACUGAUUUUCUUAUUCUGGACUCCUCCUCAGAUGAUAAAUUCUCGGCUCACAUUAUAAUACACUUCAAAGAAAAGGUUCUUCUGCCUUGUAAUACAGCCUUUAAAGGUUUUGUCAACAGUUUGUGCACAACCUUGGCAGAGGAAAGGAAGUGUAUCAUCAGGAAUGAGAGCAAGGAGACUUUUCUUUGCGAUCAAUCUGUUUAUACAAAGAAUAGAAACUUCCGAUUAUUCUAUAGCUCCAAGUGUGGAAAGAAGGAGAAAUUAGUGUAUGCCAGUUACUGCAAUUUUUAUCGUAAGUAAAUGCGAUGAUACGAUUAAUAUUGAUUUAGAAUCCCGAGGGAUAACUUCUCCAGAUACCACUUCUAUGUUUUAUGAUUCGUUGGUUAUUCCAAAGGAAUACGAAGAGUACGGUGUCCUUGAUUUGAAUCAACUAGAAGGAGUUAAUCCGAUUUGUCGUCCUUUAUUUUCCAGUAAGUUAUUUUAAUUUAUAUCUUUAUGUUUUAGUAAAUACGACCGUUGACGUCAAAGCUCCGCACAAUGUGGCGUCGAAUUGUGGAUCAUCGCCAUUCCCUUUAAUCGAUCGGUUUGUUACCGGGAUUCUUUCUCGGUAUUGUCCCAAUGUUCAAGUAUCCAAAUGGAGCUUGCUUUAUACAAAAGAAUACGAUCGAAGACGAUUACAAUUACAAUUUCGAGGUUGUAGAUAUUGUUUCAACAUGGGCCGGGAGCACAAAAGUCAAAAUAUCUACUGGAUUGUGGACCUGAAUGACUUCCGAGCGUACCAAAAAUGUUUUGAUAUAGAUUGUAAACAUUUCAUAUCCAAUUUCUUUGCCGUCCCAGACGAUGUGAAAAAAGCUUGUGAAUCCAAGAUUGGUGAGUACUCAAGAUUGGUUGUUAUUAUUAUUUGCAGAAACCGUGUUCAAAGUGUAUGGUCACAAAGAGCUGAGUCAGCAUCCUCCUCAGUUGGCUGAGUCUCAAAAAGAAAAUCCGGAAUCAGCCAAAAGAAAGCGCCGAUCUUUCUACGAUCCGGAGACUGACCAGGUCGUCAUGUUCCAAAGAACUCCAAAGAGAAACCAAUGCAAUAACACUUUGGAUGAGACUCUCGUAAUCACAAUCGACUAA